AUGCCCUUCAUUUCAUUUUUAGCUAUUAUUUUAUUUAUAUGGAGUUGUCUAUAUCUUAUUGAUCAUUAUUUAAAAGUAUCUGGAUAUCAAUUUUAUAUUAAUUUUGUUGAAAGAUACUCAUUAACAAUCUCAGUACUUCAAUUAAAACUUUAUAUUAAUAAAAUUUCACCAAAUUCUGCUUUUUCUUUAUCACAUGAAAGAAAUACUAAGUUUUAUGAAAGAUUUAGUAAAUUACUAAGUAUAUGGUUUGCUGUUGGAGGUUUUGGUGGUUUAGUAUGCUUUAUUGGUAUUAGUAUAUAUCUUGUAUAUAGACUUGUUUCGGAUUUAUCAUCAUUUAUUUCAUUACUGGUAUUAAAUAAUGAUUCUCUACGAACAUAUCCAAUUGCCUUUCAUGAUAAAUUUAUUAAUGAUAGCAUUAUGACAACACAAAAACCUAUUGAUGCUGUUGAUACAGCAAUAUUAUAUGCUGUUUCAAGACACCAACAACCUCAACAAACUGGUAUAACACCUAUAAUUCCAGGAGUUAAUUUACCAUUAUCACAAAUACCUAUAUUUAUUGUUGUCCUUAUUAUAUGUGGAGUAUUUCAUGAAAUUGGUCAUGCUAUAGCAUCACUUCAUUCUUUCACUGAUAUCAAUACACAACAAUUAGAACGAUUGUCUUAUUCAAGUAAAUUGUGGAUAUUUUGUGCGGGUAUUUGGCAUAAUCUAACAUUAGCAGCAUUAUUUGCUUUAUUAUUUUUUACCUCACCAUUUUUGUUAUCACCAUUAUAUAGUGAAAAUAAUGGAAUACUAGUAACAGAGGUAUUCGAAGAAAGUGGUCUCUCAGGAAUUGCGGGUCUUCGUCCAGGGCAUAUAAUAACCUCAAUAAAUGGGUGUGAUGUUUAUAAUAUUUCAACAUAUUUUGAUUGUUUAAAUGCCAUAGAAAAGGGUGUUCACCCAAAUGGAUAUUUAAUUGAUAGUGAAAUGGUAUAUCAACAAACUGCUUCAAGUUAUGAUAUUAUUGAUAAUGAAAUAAGAUGUUGUGAUGAGUUUCAAAAUACUACAAUAUCUUCUCAUCUUUGUUUUUUAUAUAAUAAACCUCAUGAAAUUAAAGAAAUUGCUUAUGUAACAUUGGCUGUUGAGUUUAAAGAAACAUUAGGAAUUAAAAAAACUAAAAAAAAAAAUUUAAAUUUAUUUCAAAAAAAAUUUUCAUGUUUCCCAGCUAAACAAGUUACAGAUCUUGGGAAAUGUUUUUAUGAUUCAAAAAGUAUAUAUAAUAAAUUAGAUAAUAUGGAAUGUGUAACACCGGCACUCUUUAAUGGAACAUUUUUGGUACGGUUAGAAAUUAAAAAUGAAGAAAAACCAGUACUAUUUAUAGGAAAAUUAGAUGAAUUAAGAUUUAUGAUUGAUGCUCAUCAUUUAACACCAAGAUUUUCAUUUUUACCUACCUGGCCACCAGUUAUUAUAGAAUUAAUGGGCAAUUUAUUUGUAGGACAAUUAUUGAAUAUUAUUAUGGUGGUAAAAGAAGAAGAAAAAAAGAAAAAACAAUUGCAUUAA